AUGUAUGGUGUGAAAUAUGGCGGCACUAUUGUUCAAGUGAGUGUAGGGUGUUGUCUUAGGUUAACAGUGGGAAGCAUCGAGUGGAUGAUGGCGGCUGUUGAUGAUUUGGUGUCUGGUCUCACCUCUUCCUUGGCAAUUUCAGAAUCUGAAUCAGUGGAGGUUGUCGGGUUAGAGGAUCUCGGAAACUUGAAGGCUAAACGGUUUUUGCUCAUUGGGAAGUUGCUCACUUCAAAGGUGUUUCAUAAGGAGGCUUUAUUUGGCACGUUGAAGAGGAUAUGGCAUACAAGAGAGGAGUUCACUGCGGUGUCUCUGGACGACCCCAAGAAGUUCCUGUUCUUUUUCAAAUCAGAUUUCGAUAGGAAGAAUGUGAUGAGGGGCUCCCCUUGGACUUUUGAUAAAGCGUUGUUGCUAUUGACAAGCACUGAUGGUGCAGUGGACCCUAUGUCCGUUUCGGUGGAUUCGCAAAGUUUUUGGGUGCGAGUGCGGCGUAUUCUGCCGAUAUUUUUGACCCCAGCCAUGGGAGAAAAACUAGGGAAUUUUUUGGGUAUGUUCUACAUAGUGGAUCGUGGCUUAAAUGGAGACUGUUUGGGGAGCUUUCUGCGUAUUACGGUAGGAUUGAAAAUCAAUGAGCCGCUGAAAAGGUGUGUCACACUGCGUUUGUCGGCAGAUGAACCGGCUAAACAGUAUGAAAUAGAAUAUGAGGGGUUCUCGUAUUUCUGCUUAUAUUGUGGGCGUCUGGACCAUGUGGGUUCUGCAUGCAGUGUCAAGGCCUCAUGGGCUAUUGAAGAUGAAUAA